AUGUAUAAUACUCAAAUCAGCACUCAACAACAUCAUUUAAAUUCUGUUCAUAAAGAGUUUGAAAAAGAAAAAUUGCAAUAUGAAUUAAGAAAUACUUUGGCUGAUUGGCUAAUAACAGAUUCUCAACCUUUUAAUUUAGCAAAUGAAGAAGAAUUUUUACGUAUCAUUAAUAAGCUUGAUUCUGCAUUUAAGCCAUCAUGUUAUGUAAUGAUCAAAAAAUGUAUUGGUUAUGGAUAUCAAGCUGUAUUUCAGGCUAUAAAGGAAAUGAUUACUCAUACCUAUGAUACAGCAGCUAUAACUACAGAUCUUUAG